CCGCCCCCGCGACCGCGAGGGUAGGGGUGGGCACGCCCACCUCCGCACGUCUGCACCGGGGUUCCAGAUUGCAGGGCGGGGCGGAGCUUCGCGGAAAGCGAAAGCCGGCGGGGAGGGGCGGGAGUCACCGGGGAAAGAGGAAGCGCUGACAGGCGACGCGACCCUACACCGCCGAGGCUCCCCGGCGUCCCGCCAUGGCAGCAGAAGAUCCCAGCGCUGGGUCCGCGCCCGCGGCCUCCUCCGCGGCCUCCCUGCCCCUGGCGGCGCUCAACGUGCGAGUGCGGCGUCGCCUGUCGUUGUUCUUGAACGUGCGGGCACAGGUGGCGUCCGACUGGACCGCGCUGGCAGAGGAGAUGGGCUUUGAGUACUUGGAGAUCCGGCAGCUGGAGACGCACGCAGACCCCACAGGCAGGCUGCUGGAUGCCUGGCAGGGACGCCCCGGCGCCUCGGUAGGCCGCCUGCUCGAGCUGCUCGCCCAGCUGGGUCGCGACGACGUGCUGGUGGAGCUGGGACCCAGCAUUGAGGAGGAUUGCCAAAAGUAUAUUUUGAAGCAGCAGCAGGAGGAGUCUGAAAAGCCCUUACAGGUGGCCGCUGUAGACAGCAGUGUCCCACGGACAGCAGAGCUGGCGGGCAUCACCACACUCGAUGACCCCCUGGGGCAAAUGCCUGAGCGUUUUGAUGCCUUCAUCUGCUACUGCCCUAGCGACAUCCAGUUUGUGCAGGAGAUGAUCCGGCAAUUGGAACAGACAAACUAUCGGCUGAAAUUGUGUGUGUCUGACCGCGACGUCCUGCCUGGCACCUGUGUCUGGUCCAUUGCCAGUGAACUCAUUGAGAAGAGGUGCCGCCGGAUGGUGGUUGUUGUCUCUGAUGAUUACCUGCAGAGCAAGGAAUGUGACUUCCAGACCAAAUUUGCACUCAGCCUCUCUCCAGGUGCCCAUCAGAAGCGACUGAUCCCCAUCAAGUACAAGACAAUGAAGAAAGAGUUUCCCAGUAUCCUGCGGUUCAUCACUGUCUGCGACUACACUAAUCCCUGUACCAAGUCCUGGUUCUGGACUCGCCUUGCUAAGGCCUUGUCCCUGCCCUGAAGCCUGCCCUGGGACCCUGGGUGUGUGUGCGUCUGUCUCCCUGUCCAUGUACUUCUGCCCCUUCUUCCUCUUUUGGUUGUAGGGAGCAAUCUGUGCUCUAUUUGCCUCUCAGUUCCUGGAGAUGCCAGCUCCAAGACAAACUGCCGCAGCUGGAUGUUACAUUUCAUGUCCUGCAUGGAACCAGUAGCGGCGAGUGGUGCUUGCUGGGUUAUCAGACAGGACAGUGAAGAACAGGGCUGGCUGGGACUAAGUGGAGGACCACAAGAGCCAGCUCUCUAUGACCACCAUACUUUAAUCUCUUUUGCCAUCUAAGAUUUGAAGGCAUUAA